AUGCUUUACGUCGCGCACGCAUACGAGCCUGGCGCGAUUCUUGAAACGCUUUCGCUUCCUUCUUUCUUACCCACAGGACCAUGUCUGGCCGUGGUCAAGCACUCGACGGUCGAGUUCCUCUCGCUAGCUGCAAGUAGCUCGGCUGGACUGCUUGAGCCCGUCCAGACGGUGUCGCUCCCCGCUCGCAUUCUGGCUGCUCAGGCUGUCACCUCGGCCGAUUCGAAACAAUCUCGCCAGCAGUCCCUUGUCAUCCUCACCGACCACUACCAGCCCAAACUCAUCUCUCUCACAGCCUCGAUUAGUGAAGACACGGGCGAAGUAGUGGUCGCUACCGCCGCUACUCUGGCUCUCGACGAAGUGGCUCGAUCUCCAGCAGAAUCAGCGCUUGGCCUUUGGACCGAGCCAUUCUCUUCGAGCACCUCGCAAAUCGGCCACAGAAUUGCCAUCAGCCAUGUCUACAAAGGCGUCCUGAAGGUCACGCCACUCUCAGACUCGUUGGCUCAAUCUCACCUUGGUGCUACCGACGACGACGAUGAGGCCAUGCAAGAUGUUUCCCAAUCAGAUCCGCACUCGCGCCUCGCCCACUUCUCACACUCCUUCGGCGCUCGAAUCCCUCACCCGAACCUGCUCUCAUGUGCUGUGCUCAGCCCGUUGAGUGCAGCCUCCGUCCCAGCCGUUGCUCUGCUAUCUCUUUCCAGCGUGCCAUCCAAGAUCUCUGGCUUCGGCCAACAAUGUCUCCCAGUUCUCUCGUUCCAUUCGGUCGACACUUGCACCCAGAACCUUUCGCCUCUUCCUUGGGGUCCACCGCGCAAAGCUCCUCGCAGUGUCAAAGAGGAAUCUGAUGGCAAGCAAUUCGACCCACAGUCCUCCUCAGCUGCGACUCAAGCAAGUCGCGACAUGAAAGCAAUUUCGUCAGACAACAAGGCUUCGGUGCGCAAGAAGCAUGGCCCCGCCGCCAUGGGUUCCAAGGUCACUGACGCCGAUCUACAAAAGAGGGAACAAGAUUGGGCCAAGUCUGCUCUCGUUCAGUGUCAUGUGCCAUUACCAUACACCGAUGCUUACGGUGCCCAUCUCAUCCAUGCCCUUCCUGCCCAUGUAGGCGGUGGUGUCCUCGUCUUUUCAGAGACCAGCAUCCUCCAUGUGCCACCACCCGCCAAUCCUCCCUCAUCUAGCGGACAAGCCGACUUGACGCAAACAACAACGACCCCAGAUGCGGCUGACCUCAAGGGCAAGAGGCGAAAGGCAAGCGAAGGUGGCGCCAUCGAGACAAAGAGGCGAUCCCUCGGUGCUCAAUCCCAGCCAACUCCAGUCAAGGUAGAAACUGCCGCGACGUCUUCGGCCCCUUCCAACGAGAAUGGCAAACGCAGGCGCUCUUCCGUCAAUGUCCCCGCACCCGGCGCAGAAUCUUCUUCUGGCGCCUCUGCCCCGUCCCAUUCUCGUCCCAGACUUCUGCGGGUCGGCCUGCCUCAUCCCGUGCAAGUAGUGUCUGUGGUCGACCUUGGCGAUCGUCCUGAUGACAAGACUUUCUCUGUCCUCUUUGGCUGCAACUCUGGCGCGCUUAAUGUCCUCCAACUGACCUUGCCUCAAGAUGCCGCAUCCGAGGUUGUCCCCUCCCACUCUGCCGCCGCACCGCAGCCGAAAUCUAUGAGGGUCGAGACGCUAGGUACCACGUCUCAGCCUGCGGGUCCCCAAGCGCUCUCGUACCUUGGUGACGGCCUUGUUUGCGUUGGCAGUGCAACCGGUGACAGCUGUCUCUACAAGAUCCUUCAGCAGGACACCAGUGAAGAGAUGGAUACUGGUCCAGGUGCACAACUCCUGUCGCCGCCCUCUUCUCCGACUCAAUCUAGAAGAAGAAGAUCGUCUCUAGCUGCCAACACAACUCCCAAGAGCACUGAGCUCCCAUGCGGCGGCUCGCUGGUAACGAUCGAGACCUGGCAGAAUCUCGGUCCCGUGGUCGACUUUACUGUCGAUGAUGGCGCAGGUGGUGAUCCCACCACUUCGGCCAGUGCACAGGCCAGGAUUGUUACCUGUAGCGGUGCCGGCCCUUCUGGUAGCAUUCGUGAAGUGCGAAGCGGCGCAUCUGUUCAGGAUGUUUCUUCGCUUCCCAUACCUAAUGCCCAGCAGAUCUGGUCGGUCGAAGCCGGGGACGCGACAUCGAAGCAGACUGCUGGACUCCUCAUCGGGUUUGCCACUUCAACGGCAUAUUUGCACUUUGAUGCGAACGGAAACCUGGCCGAUGCGACCGAUCGCCUCUCUGCCGUUGGCGUCGAUACAACGCUGCCAACCUUGACGGCGUCUACGGUCUUUGACGCCUCGCAAGGGCCCCUUCUAGUUCGAGUGGCAAAGGAUGCCGCGUCGCUCGUCAAUCUUCAAGACGAGGCUGCUACUCUCGUUCAGCAGUGGAAACCCUCGGCAGGCCUCGAGAUCACAACUGCCAGCGUCAACCCGUAUGGCCAACUCGUGAUCGCUUCGAGCGACAAGAGCUUGUCCUACCUCGUUGUGGAAGAAGGAGCACUGAUUGAGCGCAACAAGAUUCAGCUAGACCAUGAAGUCUCUUGCCUAGACACCAGCUCCGUGACUGCUGGCCAGGCAGCGCAGUUUGCGGCCUGCGGUUUCUGGCAGACCCGGAGCAUCCAGAUCUUUGCACUCCCCGAACUUGCACCCGUUGGCGAGUCCUUGGUUGUGCAGCAAGGAUUUGCAGCGGUGCCACGGUCCAUUCUGUUGCAUCGCUUCGCAAGCAAGCAGUCAGAAGCAUCUUCUCAGACAAAGAGCUCGGUGGGCAAUCGAGAUGCGCUCAUGCCGCACCUUCUCAUUGGUCUCGGCGACGGCACUCUGGUUUCGUUCAGCCUCAGCCUUCCCAGAGACGAUAGCUACAGCAAGAUUGUCGGGCUUUCGGACUGCAAGACAGUGUCGUUGGGUAAGCAGGCGCUCAAGCUUGAUGCGAUCGAAUCUUGGGCGGGUGCGCGUGUUGUCGCCGUUUCUGGAAGUCGGCCGACGUUGGUGUACGCUGACUCCAAGCGUUUCUCGUACAACGCGCUCAAGCACAAGAGUCAGCGAAGCGUGACGAUGCUCCAUGUUGGACCAGGACGUGUGCUGGGUGCUUUUGCUCUUGCUGAAUCGGUGGAAUUGGCUUCGAUUGGUGCCUUGCGACAGCGAGACAUCAGAACAUUCCCUCUUGGUCUUGACCAGCCGCUUGCCAUUGCUCAGUGGCCUAAUCGAAAGGUCUUUGCCGUCUGCACGUGGGCUUUCCUGCCUCGAGGCUCUGCGACCAAGGCGUCCAAGUCAAGAGGUGCAAUUCGCAUCCUCGACCAAUCCACGUUCGAGACGUUGGAUGAGUUUCGUUUGGAGGUGGACGAGCGACCGAACUGCAUUACCGUGUUGCGCGCUCAAGGUCACGAGAUGCUCGUCGUCGGCACUGGUUAUAUCUCUGAUGGCGAACAUGAGGUCAUUUCCGGGCGCCUCCUUGGCUUUGACGUCUCUGCUGGAUCGAUUCGAGGGAAAGAGGAGCGUGGUCGUCUCCGUAAGCUGUUUGUGAAGGAGCAGGCAGGCAACGUGUACAGCGUACAAUCCAUCAAUAAUCGACUUGCGACCGCUGUCAAUUCUGAAGUCAAGAUCUACAGUGUUGUAGAUCCAAGAGCCAGCGACGAGGUUAGCGCUCCACGCAUCAAUGUGGUUCAGCGAGGCAGUUGGGCAUGCUCAUUCAUCGCGUGCAACCUCUCGGUUGUGGAACCGGAUCAGAUUGUCGUCGGUGAUGCGUUGCGAUCGAUCAACGUUCUCCAUGUACAUCCAUAUACGGCCAGGUUGACUGAGAUCGCAAGGGACUGCGAUCCGUUCUGGACCAGUGCGACUGAGUUGUUGGACGAGGCGAGUCAGACCUACAUUGGUGCGGAUAUUAGUUUCAACCUGUACACGACGCAGAGAGUGCCGUUGAGUGAGCAAGUUAAAGCUCGCAUUCGUCGAACUAGGGAACGAGAGAUAGAGCGUUCGGUAGGAGAGGUCAAUCGACUUACUACACGCGAUCCGAAUCAAGUGGAUCGAUACGCACACGUGAUGCAGCGCAACGCUGUUUGGCAUUACGGUGAUAUGAUCAACAAGUUUUACCGAAAGUCGCUCGUUGCGGAUCCUGGAACAGCGGCAGAAGUGCAUCCUCGAUUGCUAUUCUGUACAGCUGCUGGAGCAAUCGGCGUUAUUGCACAUGUGCAAGAGGAACAAGCUCGUCUACUUGCGAAAGUCGAACGUAAUAUUCUCUCGCUCAUAGAAUUGUCUUCUUCCAUCUCCACCUCGAAUUCGUCGUCGGUGGUGACUAGCAUAUCGCAUCAAGACUGGCGAACGCUUAGGACAGAUCAUCGUGUUCAGGCGCCCGCUGGAUUCUUAGAUGCCAAUAUUCUGCAGAUGUUUGUCGACGGAAGACUCGAUAGCAAGCAGAGGGACAAGGUUGUCCAAGGGCCUAAUUCCGAGAUGGAAGCACUGCCAGUUGGGAGGGAGAUCGUGGAGCAGUUGAUUGAGGCUUUGUGUCAGCUUGCUUAA